CACCUUCCUCUAUCUUCCUUCUCACCCAUUUCCUUUUCACUUUAAAGCUCCCACUACCCUUUUCGUCCAUUCAUGUCUUUCCCAAUGUUUCAACUAUUUCUUGUUAUUAUUAUUAUUCAGUUUGGAUCUAACCAUGGAUCUCCAACAAAACAAACAACAGUACUUGACAUUCAAAACCAAAACUACUUCAACCCAAAGCUACCCCCAAGAACACUUUCAUCAAAUAAGAAGUUUGAAGGUUCUUCAGACCUCGUAAACCUUCGUUAUCAUAUGGGUCCGGUUCUUUCUUCUCCCAUAAAUAUUUACCUCAUUUGGUACGGAAAGUGGACAGCGUCUCAACAACUCCUCAUCAAGGACUUUCUUCUUUCUGUUUCCACUUUCAAUCACCGCGCUGCGCCUUCGCCUUCAGUUGCCGAGUGGUGGAGCACUGUUUCUUUGUAUACCGACCAAACUGGCGCCAACAUUUCUAGAUCUGUACUCAUUGCUGGUGAGUAUUCAGACCGGAAAUACUCUCAGGGAACCCACCUCACUAGGUUGUCGAUUCAAGAUGUUAUUGCUGAAGCUGUUAAAUCGAAGCCAUUUACAGUUGACCACAAAAAAGGAAUUUAUCUCGUGUUAACUUCAGUCGAUGUAACGAUGCAGGAUUUCUGCAGAGCGGUCUGUGGCUUCCAUUAUUUUACCUUCGCAUCCAAGGUUGGCUACACAUUGCCGUACGCUUGGGUUGGGAAUUCAGGCAAACAAUGUCCUGAAGUCUGCGCUUAUCCAUUUGCGGUGCCUGGGUACAUGGGAGGAAGUGGACCCGGUGCAUUGAAAGCACCAAACGGCGAUGUUGGAGUAGACGGUAUGAUAAGCGUGCUAGGUCAUGAGUUAGCAGAGUUAUCGUCAAACCCAUUGGUGAACGCUUGGUAUGCAGGGGAAGACCCUGUUGCGCCGACGGAGAUUGGUGAUUUGUGUGAGGGGUUGUACGGUACAGGAGGUGGUGGAGGGUAUAUGGGGCAAGUGAUGAAGGAUAAAGAUGGCAGGACUUAUAAUUUGAACGGCCGAAGAGGGAGGAAGUUUUUGGUUCAGUGGAUAUGGAGUCCCACUCUCAAAGCCUGUGCUGGUCCCAACGCUAUGGACUAGUGGGUCCUGGAAUGGUAGAUUUUUAAAUUAACUAAACUCCAUCAAGUUCGAAAAUAAAGGAAAAAUGGAGGAAAAA